AUGGCAGCUCCAUCAAGUGCCGAUAUCAAGAAUCUCCAAGGAAAAUGGGUCAUGAACAAAUCCCUUUCCGAUGCUUUCGAUCCUGUUCUCUCUUUACAAGGCAUCGGCUGGUUGACACGAAAAGCCCUCGGCGCUGCGACAAUAACCCAACACCUUUACCAAUCUCCCACAACAGGCGAGGACAACACCCCGACUACGCACAUAAAGAUCGAUCAACUCAUCACCGGCGGUCUCAAGGGCUCCGUAGAGAACCGCACGUUGGACUGGCACUACCGCGAGCACACUGACUGGCUCUUCGGCACCGUCAAGGGACGAUCUCGCUACUCUACCAUGGCCAAGACAGUGGAAGAAGGAAAGAUUGGAGGUGCAAAGGAGGAAGACAUUAAGUUUUUGGCUGAAGGAUGGCUGAAGGAGACGGAAAACGGAGACAUCGUUGAGAGCUACGUGGAUAAUGAGGGAAAUGCUUGGACUGCGUGGCAAAUCUGGGGGUUUGCAGACAUUGGUGGUGAGAGGAAGUUGACGAGGAAGUUCGUGGUCAGGAAGAAGAAUAAGGAUGAGCUCUUGCAGCAGGCGCCACAGUACCUGUCAAUCGCUCUAUUUCGGCCUUCCACAGAUUUGACAGUAACCGAAAAGCUCGGGUCAAGGAAUAUGUCUGAAUUGAGCCUCAUACAAAACCUUUUCCUCGCUCUCAUUGUCCUAACCUCCACGAUCCUCAUUUCGAUAUUAAUGUACUUCACCAUCCGUCUUGCUGCCAAUCGAAGUAGAAACAAAGCCUUUCAAAAUGCCGAUUCUAAGCCUGCCCUACUCAGUCCUGAAUCCGGCCGAGAGUCUCGCCUUUCGCAUCGCCUGUCUCGCCAGCAGACACAACAAGAGCAUUACCAAGGCCUGCAGCAACGCUACCCGUCCGCACCGCCAUCACCGUCGAUCGAGCUCCUUCCAGAAAUUAAAACAAGCUCGAGCGACGACAGAGCGAACGAGUGGUUAGAGCGAGGAGUUGCUGACAACGGUAUUGACGUGGUUCAUGGGGACCUGGGACAGAGAAAACCCGAGAUGACGCAGGCGAUGGUGAUCAAACCAAAGAAACAACUAAGAUGGGAUCGGUGUGAGGGAAAGCUGGACGAUGGCAGUGGACAUUCUAAGGUCGUCGAGAGGAAGGACAAGGAUGGUAUGGUGUAUACGGAGUAUCGUGCAGUUUGA